CUGUGGGCCCCGGGAGGCGUCACGGCGGCGUGGGGAGAGGGGCGGAGGAGAAGGAGCAAGAGAACAUGAGUUCGGCAGGGAGGAAAAGAGGAAAGCCCAACAGAGGAGGAGGACGAGGGAGAGGAAGCAGUGGAAGAGGAGGAGGAAGAGGAGGAGGCAGCAGUGGCCAUUCAAACAAGUCUCAACUUGGUGGAAGUAGGAAAUGCUCAACUAAAAUCUGGGACGAUGGAGAUGACUUUUGUCUUCUCAAGGAACCAAGAUCAAAUGCCCCUGCCAGAAGAGGAGGGAAAACUAAGGAGAGACCUGAAACAACAAUGCCUCUGCAGACCAUACACAUGACAUCAGAGAAUCAGAGAAGAGUGAAAGAACUUCUUCAAGAGCUUCAAGGGCAGGAGCUGGCUCCUGAAUCAGAAGUAGCUGGUUCUGGUGAAGACAGUGAAGAACCUGAUUACCUUGAUGAUGAGCAGUACUGGUCAACAGAUCAAGAAGUUUGUGACAGAGCACCGAGGUCAUCUGCUGAGUCAGCUGAGCAGAGAGUUGUGGAAAGUGAAGUGUCCUCCUUUGCUGUGCACAAACUGUCCAGGUAUGGGUUUGACAGUCAGCGGUGCAGGACAGUGCUGAGAUCUUGCAACGGGAAUAUUGGGGCAUCCUUGGAGUAUUUGCUGCUGCAGUGCUUUACUGAAAGGUAUGGAGAGAAGAUGCAGGUUUCUGCAGCAGCUGCUGAAGCCAGUCGAGAGGAGUGCCUGGAGCAGAGGCAAGAGGAGGCUUUUGCUCUCCGCUCCAUCUACGGAGAAAAGUUUGUGGAAAGGAUUCAAAACCGUGUGUGGACUUUUCAGCUGGAGCUGGACUACCUGGCAGACAGGCUCCACACACCCACCCAGAAGGGUGCUCCUGCUAAGGACACCCAAAAGCAGGCUUCAAAGGAAAUAUGCAAGUUCUAUCUGCAAGGAGGCUGCAGAUUUGGUUCCAAAUGCAGAUUUGCUCACGAAUUCCCUCCUAAUCACCCACUAAACCCCAGCAGGAGUUGUGUGGAUGAUGCUCACCUCAGAGCUAACAACGAUGGACCUGUACAUGAACUUGAAGUAAGGUUUCCUGAGGAAAACAAGUACCCACUCCAGGCCCCUCUGGUGGCCUUCUACUCCACCGAUGAGAAUUUACCUCUUGCUUGUCGUUUGCACAUUGCUGAAUUCCUCUUUGGAAAGGCCUUGCCAGCUGCAGAGGCUGGGGAGCCAGUGCUGUACAGUUUAGUGACUUGUUUGGAAGAUGGAUUUGAAAUCAGAGAGCUCCUCAGAAGCACUCACCACAAGUACAGUGUUCCUCCUGUGGCCCUGCUGGCGACACCUGCAGUGCAGCUGCAGGCAGAGGGCAUGGCCAGUUCACAGCCAGUGGCUGAAGCCUCAGCUGUGUCAGAGCCUGUGGAGGAAGAGGAGGAGGAGGAGCCUGAACAAGCUGUGGGGAAUGAGAGCUAUGUGAACCUGCAGAGGAAGCUGUCCAAGAGGUACGACGUGCAGGCCAGGCCUGUGUGUGAGGAGAACGCCAGGAUCUGCGCCCAGUUCCGCCUGAGGAAGUCUUCUAGGCACUUCCAGUCCAUGUUGCAUGAAAGACAGAAGCUCCCUGCGUGGCAAGAGAGAGACAGGAUUCUGGAGCUGCUCGAGAGCCACCAAGUCCUGGUUGUGAGCGGCAUGACAGGCUGUGGGAAAACGACUCAGAUUCCUCAGUUCAUCCUGGAUGCCUCCUUGCAAGGCCCUCCCAGCAGCGUUGCAAACAUCAUCUGCACUCAGCCUCGCAGGAUCUCUGCCAUCUCUGUGGCCGAACGUGUGGCCAAGGAAAGGACAGAAAGGGUUGGGCUCACUGUUGGCUAUCAGAUCCGCCUAGAGAGUGUCAAGUCCUCAGCUACCAGGCUCUUGUACUGCACUACUGGCGUGCUGCUGAGGAGGCUGGAGGCAGACCUGACCCUGCAGGGCGUCACGCACGUCAUUGUCGACGAAGUCCACGAGAGAACAGAAGAAAGUGACUUCCUGCUGCUGGUUUUGAAGGAUAUCAUGUCCCAGAGGCCAGACCUGCGCAUCAUCCUGAUGAGUGCCACCUUGAAUGCAGACCUGUUUUCUCAGUACUUCCACUCCUGCCCAGUUAUCAGCAUACCAGGUCGGACGUUUCCUGUGGAUCAGUACUUCCUGGAAGAUGUGAUAGGAAUGACCAGGUACGUUUUGGAGGACAGUAGUCCCUACAGGCGCAAGGCAAAGCAGGAGAAGCAGAAUGGAAGACAUGAAAGAACUGCGUUUGAAGAAGUAGAGGAGGACCUCAGGCGUGCUGGCAUUCUAGAGAGCACUGACAAAGUUGUCAGAGAUUCAGACCCAGACCAAAAAUUAACUCUGAAGCAGCUUCUUACACGAUACAAAGGGGUGAGCAAAACAGUGUUGAAAACAAUGUCUGCCAUGGACUUGGACAAAGUUAAUCUGGAGUUGAUCGAAGCCUUGCUGGAGUGGAUAGUUGCUGGCAGGCAUUCUUACCCUCCAGGUGCAGUGCUGAUAUUUUUGCCUGGCCUGGCAGAGAUCAAGAUGCUUUAUGAGCAGCUCCAGUCUAAUGCACUUUUUAAUAACAGGCACAGCAAGAGGUGCGUCGUUUAUCCCCUUCAUUCCUCACUGUCUAGUGAGGAGCAGCAGUCUGUGUUCCUCAGGCCCCCUGCAGGAGUUACCAAGAUCAUCAUCUCCACAAACAUAGCAGAGACAUCUGUCACCAUCGAUGACGUGGUCUACGUGAUUGACUCUGGGAAGAUGAAAGAGAAGAGGUACGACCCAAGCAAAGGAAUGGAAAGCCUGGAGGACACCUUCGUGUCCAAGGCCAACGCUCUGCAGAGGAAGGGGCGAGCAGGCCGCGUGGCCUCGGGGGUCUGCUUCCAUCUUUUCAGCAGCCAUCACUACAACCAUCAGCUGAUCAAACAGCAGCUGCCUGAGAUACAGAGAGUGCCCUUGGAGCAGCUUUGCCUCAGAAUUAAGAUCCUGGAGAUGUUUUCUGCACAGAGCCUUCACUCGGUCUUGUCGCGGCUGAUCGAGCCUCCCAGAACCGAGUCUUUGCAAGCCUCAAAGCUGCGGCUGCAGGACCUGGGGGCUUUAACUGCAGAUGAGAAGCUUACCCCUCUGGGGUACCACCUGGCUUCUCUGCCUGUGGAUGUCAGGAUUGGCAAGCUGAUGCUGUUUGGCACCAUCUUCCGCUGCCUGGACCCCGCGCUGACCAUAGCAGCCAGCCUGGCCUUCAAGUCCCCUUUCGUGUCACCAUGGGACAAAAGGGAGGAAGCCAACAGAAAGAAGCUGGAGUUUGCAGUGGGAAACAGUGACUACCUGGCUCUUCUGCAAGCCUAUAAGGGCUGGCGUUUGAGCAUCAAAGAGGGCUCCCAGGCAAGCUACAACUACUGCAGGGAGAACUUCCUGUCAGGAAGAGUCCUUCAGGAAAUUGCAAGUCUGAAGAGGCAAUUCACAGAGCUGCUUUCUGACAUUGGCUUUGUGAAGGAGGGCUUGAGAGCCAGGGACAUUGAGAAGAGGUGGUCCCAAGGAGGUGAUGGUGUGUUGGAUGCCACAGGAGAAGAGGCCAACUCGAACGCAGAGAACUUCAAGCUGAUCUCAGCCAUGCUGUGUGCUGCUCUCUACCCCAACGUUGUCCAGGUGAAGAAGCCAGAGGGCAAAUUCCAGAAGACCAGUACAGGAGCGGUCAGGAUGCAACCCAAAGCAGAAGAGCUGAAGUUUGUUACCAAGAACGAUGGCUACGUUCACAUCCACCCCUCAUCUGUCAACUACCAGACCCGGCACUUCGAGAGCCCCUACCUGGUGUACCACGAGAAGAUCAAGACCAGCCGCGUGUUCAUCCGGGACUGCAGCAUGGUGUCGGUGUACCCGCUGGUGCUGCUGGGCGGCGGGCAGGUGCGCACGCAGCUGCAGCACGGGCACUUCCUCAUCUCCCUGGACGACGGCUGGAUACGCUUCCAGGCCGCCUCGCACCAGGUGGCUGAGCUGGUGAAGGAGCUGCGCUGUGAACUGGACCAGCUGCUGCAGGAUAAGAUCAGGAACCCCAGCAUGGAUCUGUGCGUGUGCCCCCGUGGCUCUCGCAUCAUCGGCAUGAUCGUCAAGCUGGUGACCACGCAGUAGCUGCCCACGAAGGCUGAGUGGCAUCAAGUGUCCUGACUGAUUUGUUGGCCCCAGACGUGGUCACUGCUGGGCACUGUGGCAGAUGGAGUUGCAGCUUUGGGGUUUGGGCGGUUGGAUUGUUUUGCCUUUGCUUACAGGCUUGGCUUACAGUACUCUCUGAGGAAAUGGCAGGAGGAGAAGUUCCCUCCAAGGAAGAAGUAAAGUCAUCUUCUGGGGUUUUUUUCAGUGGGGCUGUACACUGCCAGAAGUGUUUUCUGACCACCAAAAUGCCUGCUGCUUCCAGGAGGGCUCACGGCAAUGGCUGGAGGCAGCAAAAGGCAUCACGAACUGCUGAACUGGUUCCAUCUCCCUACCUCUUGGCCAAGACUUCACAGAGGUAAUCAGUCUUGGCUCACGAGGGAGUCCUUUGCCUGUAGUUCAACCCAAAGCCCUUAACAGUGUACUGUGUCCAGCUGUGGGGGCCCCAACCCAAGGGAGACACAGCCCUGAUGGAACAGGUCCAGAGGAGUCCACAAAGAUGCUUAGAGGGCUGGAGAAUCUCUGCUGUGGGGACAGGCAGAGAGAGUUGGGGUCUGUUCAGGCUGGUGAACGCUCCAGGCAGACCUUAGUGCUGCAUGUCAAUAGCUGAAUGGGACCUACAGGAAGGCUGGGGGGGGACUGUUCAGAAGGGCUUGGAGUGAUAGGAUGAGGAGCAAUGGUUUGAAAGUGGAGCAGGGUAGAGUUGGGUUGGACCUAAAGAAGUUCUGCACAAGUAGAGUGGCGAGACAGCCCAGGGCUGUGCUUGAGGCCCUGUCCCUGCAGGCCUUCAAGCUCAGCCUUGCUGUGUCCCUGUGCAGCCUGCUCCAGCUGGAGGUGUCUCUGCUGAGGGCAGGGGGCUGGCCAAGACUCUCUGCGAGGGUCCCUCCCAACCCAAUGCAAUCUGUGGAUGUGUGAUUUUUAACACACUUUUAUCUUUGUAGCUGUUUCACAGCAACACAGAGGAGACCCCAAAGCAGUAGAGCAGUGCAGGUCUCAGCAGGUAUGGUCUCUGUAGGAGGCUAAGCUGUUCCAGCUUAGUGUUGUCAUCAGCAGCACCAUGGUCCUGGAAGUGCAGCCUUCGAGUUCUUGCCUCGUUGCUUUCCUGGGGCUUUAGUGAAAGGUGUGAAGGGAUGGGCGGGAGGAGGUUAUUAUUGCACUGCAGGGACAUGAGAGUCUUGUCAGGCAGGCGUGCUCCCUGAGGCAAGACUGUUAGGUACAGCACUGCUGCUCUGUGCCCCACAGCUGUGCCAGUGAGAUAGCAUGUCCAGAGAUGGGCAGUGAAGCUGGAGAAGGGUCUAGAGGGCUGGUGAGGAGGAGCUGGGGCUGUUUAGUGUGGAGGAGGCUGAGGGCAGACCUCAUUGCUCGCUACAGCUCCCCAGGAACAUGUGAUAGAAGAGGAAUUGGCCUCAAGUUGCACCCCAGGGUGGUUUAAGUUGACUAAUUAGAAGAAACUUCUUCACUGAAAGAGUUCUCAACCAGUGGCACAGACUGCCCAGAGCGGUGGUUAAAUGCCCAUUCCUGGGAGUUCAAGACAUGAUGCUGAGGGACAUGGUUUAGCCCCAGCCUUGGCAGAGCUAAGGAAUGUUUGGAAGUCAGUCUUAAGGACUUUCCCAACUGCCCUGAUCCUCUGACUCUAUGCCAUGCUGUGUGUGUUGGCUGUGGAGGAGCACUGCCAGCCCUCCACAGCACAGCAGUCUUUCAGAGAGGAUGAGCAAGCACGGUGGCAGUGCUAUCAGUAACCAGCAGCCUCUCCACCAGGCAGCAGAAGCAUCACUUCGAGCAGCAGCUGUGGAGUGGUUCCCUCUCCAACCACAAGCCCUACGGCUGCCCAAAACUUCCCCACACUAACCAUCCUUCCAGCCCUCCUCUUCGACCCCCACAUCCCAACCUCCCUCCUCCUUUCUUGUAAUAUCCAGAAGAGAAAGGGUGAGAAAGAAGUGUAGCACUAGAGAGGUUUGUGUCUACAAGUUUAUUGUGGAGUUAAAUGUGUUUCAGCAGCACAAAGGGAAGAAAAAGCUACCCCCUACCCCCUUUUAAAGCACCAUGCCAGGGGGCAAAUUCUGCCAUGAGACAGGACACCAAGAAAAUCCUCUCUCCCCACCUCCCCCAUAGUGUUUAGGUCACCCCAGUUUAAUGCUAUUGCUUCCAUCACCCUCUUCUGCAGUUUCUAAUGGACUAUGGCUAGCUCUGCCAAAACAUUAACUGCAGUAGCAUCACCAAGGAGUCACUCACUCAUCCUUCUAUGCACCCAGGCCCUAUAAUAGAAUCUACCAGGUUGAAAGAGACCUCCAAGAUCAUCCAGUCCAAAUGUGCUAACACGGGGAAGAGAGGGACAGCAUAAGCACAGUAAGUCCUUGUGAAGUCAUCUAUGGGGGCUCACUGUCACUCCUUGUAAAGCAUCAAAGAGCAGAGCUCACCUGAAAGCCUGAGGCUGGCUGCCCAUGCAGUGCUGCACCAACUACAGCAAGAGGCCUGCACACAGCAGCCGAGGCCACAACACACUGUAAGGAAGUCUUCCAAGUGCAAAUUGUUCAACACUCCUGGCUGUGCUGCCAAGACAGCUCCAGCUGGCAAAGCCCUUGCUCUAGCCUCAGUUGCACUGCCCUUCAGUCCCUCAGUCACCCUCUGCAUGUAGCUAGCUGUCAAAUGUGCCAGAGCAGCUGAUGGGACACAACAAGCCCCUUGACCACAUUUGGCUGCCAAAGGAGAUGUGAGCAGGUCGGAUAAACAUGAGCUCUUGGUUCCCCCAAUGCCCUGCUACUUAAGCACAUCCUGCAGGCUCUGCUGGAGUAAGAAAAGCCCAAACUUCCUGAAACAAGUAUCAAAAUGUAUCUUUUGCUGCACCAGAACUGCCCCCUUAGCACAAGCAUCACAGCUGUGGUACUAUUUGGACAAGCAGGAGGUAAAUGCUCACAAAGGUCUUAUUUUACUUCAACAGUUUCCAGGCCAGAAAUAUUCUAGAUACCUUCAGGUGAAAAGAAGUUCACUUGCCCUCUAACCAACAAGACAAGCACAACAGCAUUCACACAGCCCUCAUUUUAAUGCCCUUUGUAGCCACUUCUUCAGCUCCAACAAUCACCUCCAGCCAGUUCUCUUUUGCUGAGCUCUGAGGAGGUGCAACCAGCCACCACAAGGUAACGGCAGAGACCACACAGUAAGAACCAGAGCUGUUGCCCCCUAAGUAAUCAGGCCCUACAACAGGCACACAGCACAUUGGGCCUGUAGCAAGCUGCCUCCUGCUCCAGCCACCCAACUCUUGAAGCAGCAGGGUUACCACCAAACUGAUUCUUAGUUAGAAAUUAAGAGUUUAUUAUUUCAGUGAGCUGAUAAAAAAAAGCCCAACAGCUCCAGAUCACACAACAGGAACACAACAAAAAGGUUUGCAUUAGUCUACCGGUAAGACUUGUCAAAGGAUCAUGCCAAUUGUUAGUCAAAUAGAAACAGCCUUAACAGUUGAAGCCCUUAACAUUUAUAAAGACACCACAAAAAUCCCUUAUAGUAAUGUAAACAAAAUAAAUUUUCUUCUGAAACGUUUUAAA